AUGCAGACACAAGGCGCAGAGACAGAGUCCCAAAGGAAAGGGAGACUCCGCACUUCUGGGGCACAGAAAUGACUGAUGCACAGUGUAGAGAGCGGUCUCCUAGCUAAAGAAAGGGGCAUCGGUUUUAGCAUUGUUCAGCUUUCAAUCAAAGCGUUUUUUUACAGGAUCUUUCGUGGCGAGAACCGAGGCUGCAUUGUGAAGGCAGGACAAAAUGCUGUUGAGUUUCUGGGAGUUUGUGUGCGUUUUUGUGGGUUUUGGCUGUCUGGUGGAAGGGGUCCGCGGGGGUUAUGGCAUGAGUAUGUUUGCAGCCCAGCAGACCCCCCCAGACCCCUGCUACGACGAGAACAGCAACCCGAGGCGCUGCAUCCCUGACUUCGUCAACUCCGCAUUCGGCAAGGAAGUGAAAGUGUCCAGCACUUGUGGCAAAGCCCCGACCAGGUACUGUGUGGUGAGCGAAAAGGGGGACGAGCGCUUCAGGAACUGCCACAUCUGCGACAGCAUGGAGUCCAGAAAGGCUCAUCCGCCAGCCUACCUCACCGACCUCAACAACCCCCACAACCUGACCUGCUGGCAAUCGGAGAACUAUAUCCAGUACCCUCAAAAUGUUACCCUCACUCUGUCCCUGGGCAAGAAAUUCGAAGUCACGUACGUCAGCCUCCAGUUCUGUUCCCCGCGGCCAGAAUCCAUGGCCAUCUACAAAUCGAUGGACUACGGCAAAUCCUGGGUCCCCUUUCAGUUCUACUCUACCCAGUGUCGAAAAAUGUAUAACAAACCCAACAAGGCUGUGAUCACUAAACAGAACGAGCAAGAGGCCAUCUGCACGGACUCGCACACCGACAUGCAUCCACUUACUGGGGGCUUGAUCGCUUUCAGCACCUUGGACGGUCGCCCCUCGGCUCACGAUUUCGACAACAGCCCUGUCCUUCAAGACUGGGUCACUGCUACAGAUAUCAAAGUGGCCUUCAGCCGCCUCCACACCUUCGGGGAUGAGAACGAAGACGAUUCGGAACUAGCCCGGGAGUCCUAUUAUUAUGCAGUCUCCGAUCUGCAGGUCGGGGGCCGCUGCAAGUGCAAUGGUCACGCGUCCAGGUGCAUCAAGGACCGGGAUAGUAACCUGGUUUGUGACUGUAAACACAACACCGCUGGCCCGGAGUGUGACAGAUGUAAACCUUUCCACUACGAUCGACCCUGGCAAAGGGCCACGGCCAGAGAGUCCAACGAGUGUGUGGCUUGCAACUGUAACCUGCAUGCACGACGGUGCCGUUUUAACAUGGAACUCUUCAAACUUUCUGGUCGGAAGAGUGGAGGAGUCUGCCUGAACUGCCGUCACAACACGGCAGGUCGUCACUGCCACUACUGCAAGGAAGGCUACUAUCGUGACAUGACAAAGCCCAUCACUCACAGAAAGGCAUGCAAAGCAUGCGAUUGCCAUCCGGUGGGUGCAGCUGGCAAAACCUGUAACCAAACAACAGGUCAAUGUCCCUGUAAAGAUGGUGUGACUGGCAUCACGUGCAACAGAUGCGCGAAAGGUUAUCAGCAAAGCCGAUCUCCCAUUGCCCCUUGCAUAAAGAUUCCAGUGGUCCCACCAACCACUGCAGCUAGCAGCACAGAGGAAUCUGCCGACUGUGACUCAUACUGCAAGGCUUCCAAGGGAAAACUGAAAAUAAAUAUGAAAAAGUAUUGCAAAAAAGAUUAUGCUGUUCAAGCUCACAUCUUGAAGGCAGAGAAAGCUGGUGAAUGGUGGAAGUUUACAGUGAAUAUCAUAUCGGUCUACAAACAAGGGGUAAAACGGAUAAGGCGUGGAGACCAAUUCCUCUGGGUCCGCUCAAAGGAUGUUGCCUGCAAAUGCCCAAAAAUAAAAACGGGGAAGAAGUACCUGCUCUUGGGCAACGAUGAGGACUCUCCUGACCAGAAUGGGGUUGUAGCAAACAAAACCAGCUUGGUGAUACAAUGGAGGGACACGUGGGCAAGGAGGCUGCGAAAGUUCCAACAGAGGGAGAAGAAAGGCAAGUGCAAGAAGGCAUAAAGAGAGACUGUGCUGCUUGACUGUGAGCAGGAACCGAUGUUAGGAUAAAAUUAGGAACUUGUGAAGGAACUCAUCUAGCAGUUUGGGAUUUUGGAAUUGCCAAGUUUGCACCUAAUGCUGAUUUCAAAUUCAAAAAUAAACAAGAAUAUAAAAAAAGAUGGACUACUCUUUACAUAACAGCUCCAAAUGUUCUGAAAUGAAGGGCAUUUGUUUCACAACCAAAAUCCUUUCACAGUUGCUCUUCUCUGCAUAAAGCAGUAUGAGUUUUGUUAAAGGGGCACAACAUCUCAAACUGAUGAUAUUGGACAAUUGCUGGGAGUCAUGCCAAGAUUGGUUUGAUCCCAACUUAAGCUGUUAACUUUUUAGCUGUGUAGUUAACCCAAAAUGUUUCAGUUGGACUCUUCCUCCCCAGCCCAGUUUACAUCCGGCACAAUACUUAGUGCUACAUUGUAAGCAGAUCUGCCAAGACUGCAGCCUUUGGCAAUCAAUGUGGAAAUUAUAUUCCAUACUAUAAUAUUUUCAGAGACAGAGAAAAAAAUACUUAAAAAGCCUUCAAAGUGCCAUAACAACACCUUGUUUGCUUUCACUUCAUACCGACAUUCAUCUCACACUUGUUAAGUUCACUGGUGUUUCCUCAAUUAUUGGCUGGUGAUUGCUCUGCUUACUACACAGGAUACAACAUUCUUCUCCCAAGAUUAAUGGAUUACGCCCCUCUGAUAAAUUCUCCAAGCUUGUUGUGCACCUAUUUUAUAGAUGAAUUGUGGUAAGUUGAAUUCACUCACGAUCUCCAGAAAGACCGGCAGCAAAACAGCCUCAAUCAAAUUAAUACAUAAAAAUAAAUCUUUAAAUAGAAAAAAAACCCUUUCAGUAUAAAGUUACUGAAAUAAAGCUAUAUUUUCUUUUCAAAUGAAUUCUGUUACAGGUUCACAGAAUCACUGCACAAGAACAGAAAAAAAAGUAAAUUCACUGACACUUGGUUCUUGUAUCCCUCUUCAAAACCUUAACAUAUAGUCAAAUUCAUUCAAGUUUCUAUUUGUAUAGUUAGUACUUCAUUAAAAGUCUUGGAUAGAUUUGAAAGUACUCUCGACUGGAAAUAUAACUUUUUUGUUAAAAAUACAACAAGGGGAUGUACCUGAUUCCUCUUCCCACACCCGACAGGCCUGCUGGUUCAGAUCCAUCACCUACACAGCAAACUUCACACCUACAUCUCUUUGUAACUGUGUAGAUGAUUACACGCAAUGAUUUACUGCUUGUUCCAGUGACCAAUUUCAGUUCCAUUGGGGCAAGGUGACAUCUCAACCUUGCUGAUCAGUAUCUCCAUCAAGCAACCAACUCAGGUCGCACAUAUGACCCUUGCCUUUGCUGUGACCCUGUUAACAAGUGUGCACAGCUCAUUCUCUAAUCAAUCACAGCAGCAGACUAAAAAAUAUAAGGUAGAAGAAACUAACAUUAAACCAGUCACAUAUUACCACUUUAAGAUACUGCAUAAAAUUGAUUUCUUAGUCUAAAAAUAAGAGGUACUAAAGAAAUGAAUAAGUUUUGUAACAGGGUAAACAUCAUCAAGGUACCUCAGUUGCAGUUAGCGUAUGAUGACUAUAAGACUGACAUAAUUGGAAGUGUGUUUAUAUUGAUGUAAUGUAGUUCUGGAUAAAGACUUUUAUAUCAGUUCAGCCAUACUCCAGCUAACUUAGACUUUAUUAUGACUCUUUCCCCUGUUACACAGACCUGUCGGGCUCUGCUUUUACCUGUUAAUAAGUUGAACUGUAAAUGUUGUUUAGUUAUGGUCAUUGCAUAGUUUGCAAUGUUUUCCUACAAUGCAUACUAAUAUAUUAUCAUUAUUAUAUAUGAAUAUAUUUAAUUACACAUAAAAUUUGUGGAUUUUUUUUGGUUGUUAGAUGGCUGUAAUUGAACCAGAUGUGAACAUGUACUAUAACUGCUGAACACCCACACUUGAUAGAAUUAAAUUCAGAAUUCAGUUGAAUAAAGUCUUGUAAACAAUA